AUGUCCGAACAUCAAGACCCCAAAAUACCGAGGCCUUCUUAUGAAGCGGCGGACAACCAAUCUCCGGCAUCCCCAUUUCAUGACCGGUUUCAGUUUGAGAACGCCGAAAACGUUACGUUAGAUAAUAGCAUGCUUGACAGAAGCGGAAACGAGCCGUCAACAGCGCCCUCUUCGGCUUCCAGAGGUGGGUCCAUUAUGAGAAAACAAGGCCAGAAGAAGCGCACCGCGAAUAGAAUCAUGUUCGCGGAUGGCGACAAACCAAUGGAAUACGAAGAGUUUUCUCGUGAAUCCGAUGAGGACGAUGCACACUCUUUCACCGGAACCCCGAAAAUUGCCAACUCAGCAACAUUUGGUGGUUCAGACAGCCUCGACCCAGGCUCGGCCGACGUGAAACCCAGUUCCGAUCAGGGACUGAAGCGUAUGAGAUGGGGUACUAAGAGGACCAAGAAAGGGACGCCUAGUGUAGGCCGUGCCAAAACCUUAAGGUGGGCAAAGAAAAACUUUCAUAACCCAUUUGAGGACGACAGAAAGACGGAUACCGACGACGAAAGCGGCGCGGAGUAUGAUCCUACCAACAGGUCUUCAGAAUUGAGAUUUCUAUACUACAACAUGCCUCUUCCUGAAGAGUACCUAGAUGAAGAAGGAAAGCCUGCAACUGACUAUGCUCGAAACAAAAUCAGGACGACCAAGUACACGCCACUGUCAUUCUUCCCUAAGAAUAUCGCGCUUCAAUUCAAGAACGUGGCAAACGUGUACUUUUUAGUACUUAUUAUUCUAGGUUUCGUGGACAUGUUCGGUGUUACAAACCCGGGCCUACAAACAGUCCCUUUGAUUGUGAUUGUCGUCCUGACAGCCAUCAAAGAUGCUGUUGAGGAUUCUCAGCGUACUAUAUUAGACAUGGAAGUGAACAACACAGCCACUCAUAUCCUUUCUGGAGUUGAAAACCCCAAUGUUUCGGAAGAUCACGUAUCUGCAUGGAGACGCUUUAAAAAAGCCAACUCAAGGGUUUUAUUCAAGUUAAUCGAAUUUUGCAAGUCAACAUUCAGCAAAGAAGGGCGCCGUGCCGCCGCCCAAAGGAAGCGGGAAGAACACCAUGCAAAAAGUGCGAGGACACCACGUAAUUCCCUGGAAACGUUUGACAGUUAUAGAAUGUCGGGCACAUAUGGCCGCGAGUCUCUCGAAUACGACAAUAUUGGUGAAAUAGUUACGUCAGACGAGGUUACUGUUAUUGAUCGCAGUAUGCCAGCUAGAACUGAUUGUAAAUUCGAGAAAAACUAUUGGAAGAACGUCCACGUCGGCGAUAUUAUUAGAAUCCACAAUGAUGACGAAAUCCCUGCAGACGUUUUACUUUUAUCCUCUUCCGAUUCUGAUGGUGGUUGUUACGUUGAAACAAAAAACCUGGACGGUGAGACUAACUUGAAAGUUCGCCAGUCUUUGAGAUGUACCCACCGGAUAAGAAAUUCCCGCGAUGUUACAAGAACAAAGUUCUGGCUUGAAAGUGAAGGUCCCCAUGCUAAUCUUUACUCUUACCAAGGCAAUUUGAAAUGGGUUGACUCGGAAGAUGGUAAACUUAAAAAUGAACCAGUAAACAUUAACAAUCUUCUUCUUCGAGGCUGCUCAUUAAGAAACACGAAAUGGGCUAUGGGUCUGGUGAUUUUUACCGGUGCAGAAACUAAAAUUAUGCUCAACGCCGGCUCAACACCGACGAAGAGAUCGAGAAUAUCUAGAGAACUGAACUUCUCUGUUGUGAUGAACUUUCUGCUUUUAUUCAUCCUAUGUUUGGUCGCCGGCAUCGUUAAUGGUAUUUAUUAUCGAAAGAGUGGCGUAUCAAGAGAUUAUUUUGAAUUUGGAACUGUUGCAGGGAGUCCAGCGGCGAAUGGUGUAGUUUCUUUUUGGGUUGCAGUCAUCUUGUACCAAUCGCUCGUUCCGAUCUCUCUGUAUAUUUCGGUUGAGAUUAUUAAAACAGCGCAAGCUGCCUUCAUCUAUGGUGAUGUUUUGCUGUACAAUGAAAAACUGGAUUACCCAUGCACCCCAAAGUCGUGGAAUAUAUCAGAUGAUCUUGGCCAAAUUGAAUACAUUUUCUCUGACAAAACAGGUACUUUGACACAAAACGUCAUGGAGUUCAAGAAAUGUACGAUCAACGGUAUUUCUUACGGUCGUGCUUAUACUGAAGCGUUGGCAGGACUUCGCAAGAGGCAAGGAAUUGAUGUUGAGAAGGAAGCACUGGAGGAAAGAGAGGCUAUUGCCAAUGACAAGAAAGUCAUGAUCAAAGACCUCGAAGCGUUAAAUCCAACAGCUGAAAUUGAUCCUGAGGAAAUAACCUUUAUUUCAAAGGAGUUUGUCCAGGACUUGUCAGGUGCUAACGGGGAUUAUCAAAAGGGCUGCAAUGAACAUUUUAUGUUAGCCUUAGCUCUUUGUCACUCUGUUUUAGUUGAAAAGUCCAAAAAGAAUCCCGAUAAAUUGGAACUCAAAGCUCAGUCUCCGGACGAAGCAGCAUUAGUGGGCACAGCAAAAGAAGUUGGUUUCGCAUUCGCAGGAAAAACAAAAUCUGGUCUGAUAGUCGAAAUUCAGGGUGUUAAGAAAGAGUUUGAGAUACUAAAUAUCUUGGAAUUCAAUUCUACAAGAAAAAGGAUGAGUUGUAUUAUCAAGUUGCAAGGCACAGCACCCGGCUCUCAGCCAAGGGCUCUGUUAAUUUGUAAGGGUGCAGACUCUGUCAUUUACUCGAGGCUAAAGCGCACUGGAGGAGCUAACGAGGAGACUCUGCUCGAGAAAACAGCCCUGCAUUUGGAGCAGUAUGCCACUGAGGGCUUAAGGACGUUAUGCAUUGGCCAAAGGGAAUUAAGCUGGAAGGAAUAUGAGGAGUGGAAUCGCCAAUACGAAAUUGCUGCUGCUUCAUUGACAGAGAGAGAAGAAGAGAUGGAAAAGGUUGCUGACAGCAUUGAAAGAAAUCUGACUCUGCUGGGAGGCACUGCAAUUGAAGACCGUUUGCAAGACGGUGUUCCGGACUCUAUUGCUAUUCUGGGUGAAGCAGGCAUUAAAUUGUGGGUUUUGACUGGUGAUAAAGUUGAAACUGCCAUCAAUAUUGGUUUCUCUUGUAACUUGUUGAACAGCGACAUGGAGCUUUUAGUGAUUAAAGCGUCCGGUGACGAUGUGGACGAAGUCGGGUCCCCUUAUGAGAUUGUGGACAGCAUGAUAAAAAAACACUUGAAUGAUAAGUUCGGGCUGUCAGGGUCUUUAGAUGAACUGGAAGCUGCCAAAAAUGAACACAAACCUCCCACGGGCAACUACGGUGUUGUCAUAGAUGGUGAGGCGCUUAAGUUAGCCUUAGAAAAUGAUGAUAUUAGUCGCCGGUUCUUGAUUUUGUGCAAGAACUGCCGGGCUGUCUUAUGCUGCAGGGUGUCACCAGCUCAGAAAGCUGCUGUUGUGAAACUAGUCAAAGAGUCGCUGGAUGUUAUGACUUUAGCCAUUGGUGAUGGCUCCAACGACGUUGCUAUGAUUCAAUCGGCAGAUGUGGGCAUUGGUAUUGCAGGUGAAGAAGGUCGGCAAGCUGUUAUGUCAUCAGAUUAUGCUAUUGGCCAGUUCAGAUAUCUAACGAGAUUGCUAUUAGUGCAUGGAAGAUGGUCCUACAAGAGACUUGCAGAGAUGAUUCCCAGUUUCUUUUACAAGAACGCAAUUUUCACCUUGUCUUUGUUUUGGUAUGGUAUCUACAGCAACUAUGAUGGGGCUUACCUUUUUGAAUUCACCUACCUGAUGUUCUACAAUUUGGCGUUUACUUCCUUGCCAGUUAUUUUCAUGGGUAUCAUGGACCAGGACGUGAGUGAUGUCGUUUCUCUUCUGGUGCCACAGCUGUAUCGCGCUGGAAUAAUGAGAAGCGAAUGGAAUCAGACUAAAUUUUGGGGCUACAUGUUUGAUGGUCUAUAUCAGUCCGUGAUUUGCUUCUUCUUCCCUUACUUGGUGUAUUAUAAGACUGGCCUAGUGACGCCUAAUGGGCUUGGUCUUGACCAUCGCUAUUGGGUUGGUAUAAUAGUGACUACCAUUGCCGCGCUAUCGUGCAAUCUUUAUGUCCUUAUCCACCAAUAUAGAUGGGACUGGUUCUCGUCGCUAUUCAUUUUCUUGUCGAUUAUCAUUGUGUUUGGAUGGACCGGUAUAUGGUCCAGCUCUACAAACAGCGGAGAGUUCUACAAAAGUGCAGCCCGUGUUUAUGGCUCACCAAUGUUCUGGGCUGUCAUGUUUGUAGGCAUCCUAUUUUGCCUCUUACCGCGCUUCACCUUUGAUGUAUUCCAGAAACUAUUCUUCCCUCGAGACAUCGACAUUAUCCGGGAGUUUUGGAAGGAGGGGCACUUCGACCAGUACCCUCCAGAUUACGAUCCCACUGACCCAAACAGGCCCCAAAUCAACAAAGCAACGACUACGCUUCAUUCGCACAGAAUUGAAGAAGGCUCUGACUUUGCGCGCGUGGCUGGUGCUGGAAACAAUAUGUCCCGCGACACAGUUUACACUGAAGAAAUUCCUAUGAACUUCAUAAACAGUGCUGAAAGUUCUCCGGAACAGUUUCACCGCAAAUCCAUAGCUAGAAUGUCUCUGGAGAGAACGCGAGAACAAAUGCGUGCUUCCAACGAAUUAGACGCUCGUUACUCUGUAGAGCGCGCACGGAUUUCCCAUGAGCUGCCAGGCGUUACACGUGCUGAAAGCUUGAUGCGUAACUAG